AUGAGCCUAAUGGCCGCCGAAGACUGGGAAGCCACCUGCCUCAUCUUUGACGAUGAUAACCGACGCACCACCACCAUGCUGGACAACCAAGGAGGGCUACUCCGAGGAUCGAUUGACUUGACGUUCAAGUUAUCGGACACUGUAUUUUGUCGGCGUGUGGCUCCUUAUGACCACAUGAAACCUCGGUUCAAGUUUUGGACGGUACUCCAGGAGUCUUCUUGGGAUGAAAAGAAGGAAGGCGAUGAGAAUGAAGCCAAGCUGGUCUUUCGCGUAGUCUUUUGGUGCAAACCAGGCGAUCCUGCUGAAGAAGAAGAGGAUGAGUUGUACAGCCGUGUGGAUAUAUCGCUGUUGUCCGAGUACCCACAUUCCUUUCCUGCCCAGUCCAAGACCCUGUGGCUGGAUUGGAUGAAGAAGACAGCCUUCCAGGUUAUCCAAGAUGAAAACCUUUCCUAUUCCGUCUGUGUCUUUGUGGAAAACCGUGCACUGGACUAUUUCACAAAACUAUACGAGUUUGAUGACGGAGCGACCAGCCAAAGCUUGAUCUGUUUUGAUGAUGUCGGCCCGGCUUUUUACGAUGUUCCGACCCUCAUGACAGCCUCCAGCGUCAAACGAUUGCUACCUUUACAACGACAAUACACUAAUGGAAGUACGGUUACUUGGCAUGAUACCUCCAAACUAUCCCCUAAAGAAAAAGCCAUGGUUGUCCCCCUUUUGCUGAGAUGGAAGGAAUGGUUGCCAAUCCAGUGCCCCAUUUGUUUUGAUGUCGUCUCGCCCAAGGAUGCCUCCAUUUGUCCUUGUGAUCAUGGCUUUUGUACAGACUGCUUGAGAACCUACCUGCGCAUCAAAGCCGAGGAUCUCAAUUCGGAAAACUCCAACAAUCCCUUUGUUUGUCCGCUCAACACGUGCCGCAAAGGCAUGAAGAUUGUGGGGUUUGUCAAAAAGUUCUUGUCGCGCGAUUUGAUGGACGACGUGCGAGCGUGGUACAAGGAUAUCAAAACGCCGCCCUGCUAUUCGCUUCCGGGCUGUCUCAAAAAGGAUUGUCGGGGCGCCGUGUUGAGAAAAGAAGCUGUAGAUAUGUUUAUGAUUUCUUGUGAAGUUUGUAGUGGGCGCUGGUGCGAAUUGUGUCUGCAACGAGCACCUUUGGGCAAGCAGCACGAGGACACACCCAACUGCAAACUCGAAGUGUGUCAACAAUUCUGCGAACGGUACCUGGCUGCCAGCGACAAAGCCAAGGCAUCUUGCGAAGCUAGGUUCCCGUGGAUCAAACUGUACGCCAACUCCAGGGUUCACGAUCAAACCAUUGCGAUCUGGAUCAAGGAAAAUGGACAAAUCUGUCCCGGUUGCAAAACAGGUAUCGAACGAACGGAAGGUUGUUUCCACAUUGCUUGUGGUUGUGGAACCCACUUUUGCUAUGAAUGCGGGUAAGCUCAUCAUGCCAAGCUCAUCAUGCCAUGUACCUGUUUCGUCAUCGUGUCCUUGCUUCGUCAUCAUGCCGCCGCUCACUCACUUUGUUCGUUUGCUGGUGCAAAUUAUUUCAGAGACGAACUGUUCCCGCCGUACUACGGAACCCACCACUGUUGGGAAGAUCGGGCACGGCAAUUCGCGGCUGGAUUCGAAUGACAUGAAGCAAAUGCUUU